AUGUCUCUUCCUCCGCGUCUGCCGUCUCUCCCUCUGCGCCCCCCCCUCCUGGGGUCUCCCCCUCCAGCGGCCUUGCCCCCUCUUGCAGCCUCGCCCCCUCCGGCCUCGCUCGCUACGGACUCCCUCGCUCCGGCCUCGCUUACUACGGCCACCUCCGCUACGGCCCCUACCCUUUCCUUCUCUGGUUCUACCCCCCCGGGGAUCAGCCGCUCGUGGAUCAUCACGGAAAAGCUCUCCGAGAGAGCUGUUCAUCUCACACAGGAAGAUGUCGACAUGGGCGUUGGGUCUCCUAUGACAGUUGGCAAAUUUCUGUGCCACCUAGAGGAGGACCCGACGCAGAUAGCGUUUAUGCGAAUAUAUUAUCAGAUUCCUAUCACUGGGACGGAGGACGCUAAUCUGGCUACACUAGCCCAACAAAUCCAACCUCAUGAGGUGUGUGGUGAACUAGAGGCAUUUAGGCUAUUGAUGAGUCAAGGCUGUAGCUCUGUUCCACAUUUCCUUGGUUACUGCGAAAAAACGCAAGGGGAAUAUGAUCUCGUUCCUGGUGGCUAUGUCAAAUACCUCGUAUGGGAAAAGGUGCCUGGGGAGCCUCUUACAGAGGAAUUUUUCUGGAGCUUGGAUCCUCUUGUACGAGAGGAUAUCCGUGCCAAAUUUCGUGUUGCCUUUGAAGAGAUGCUGCGUUGCGGUGUAAAACCACAGCAGUCUAGAAUCUCGAAGAUCAUCUAUGAUCAGCCCACUGGCAAUGUUCACAUUUCGGGGUUUCGAAGGGGAUGGCCCAUCCGUGAUAAAAUUCAAUGGUCAGACACCCGUUAUGUCGCGUAUAUGCUGGCUAAGCGACCCGACGAGAGGGACUGGCGUUCUCGCCUGGAGAAAUGGGAGUUAUGA